AUGAGUGUACGAGUGGUGGCCCGGAUCCGCCCACUGCUCAAGACCGAGCGUACUGUCGAUGAAGUCCUUUCUGCACAUGGCGGCGCCGACGACAAAACCUCGAUCGUCAAGAUUCCCAAUCCGAAGAACUUCGCCGAAGAAUACAGCUUUCAAUUCAACAGUGUCUACGGCCAGGACUCAACCCAGCAGCAGAUCUUCGAAGCUGAAGUCUCACCCGCCAUCAAACAUCUGUUCCAAGGUCUCGAUGUGACGAUAUUCGCGUAUGGCUCCACAGGCACGGGCAAAACGCAUACCAUGCGUGGGGGGAAGUCAUUAACCGAUCGAGGCCUGAUACCACGGCUUCUCAGCAACAUAUACCGAAAGAGUAAGGCUAUCGAGAAGAACAACGACGGAGCUACCACUGUGGAGGUCUCCAUGAGCUACUAUGAAAUCUAUAAUGACCGGGUCUUCGAUCUUUUCCAGAGUCCUGAGUCACGCACGGCGACUGGCCUGCCGAUUCGCGAAGCGGAAGGUGGGAAGACGGUUGUUGUUGGCCUUAGUGAAGAGCCCUGCAGCUGUCUGAAGGACUUCGAACUCCUCUACGACAAGGCAAAUGCCAAUCGAAGUACUGGCGCGACCAAGCUUAAUGCCCACUCUUCGAGGAGCCACGCCAUUCUUUGCGUCAAAGUCACCAUCAAAAGCCCGACCGAAACGAGAGUGAGCACGGCGUCCUGUAUCGACCUUGCAGGCUCCGAAGACAAUCGCCGAACUGGUAAUGGUAAGGAACGUAUGGUCGAGUCCGCUUCCAUCAACAAGUCGCUCUUCGUCCUGGCUCAAUGCGUUGAGGCCAUCUCCAAACACCACCCACGGAUUCCUUUCCGCGAGUCAAAGAUGACAAGAAUAUUGUCGCUCGGGCAGAACAACGGGAUCACAAUCAUGAUUUUGAACUUGGCCUCAACCAAGUCGUUCCAUCUGGACACGCUUAGCUCCCUCAAUUUCGCCAAUCGCACCAAGAAGAUCGAGGUUAAGGAAGUCGAGAACGAGCCUAUAUUCAAAGGUCCACCUGUUAAAGCCGCUGGUGUCGCCGUUGCCGGCCCCAACAUCCAGCGACAGCCCCUUCGUUCGCUCACUCACGUGGUGAAUGUGAAUCUCAAUGCACCACGCGAUCCCGCCAAGGACAAGCCUCUCAAAGCCUUCUCCGUGUACUCGGACCGCUCUAAAGCCAACAACGCACGCCAUUCCAGCGGUACUGGUCACAAAACCUCACCAUUGAAACGCACGGCGGAUACCUCUAUGCUUUGUACACGGCCCGCGAAGAGCAGCCGCCCCAACCCUGGCACGACACAUAUGCGCCCCCGUAAUCCUACGAACCCGUCCGGCCCAUCCGUUACAGAAGCCUCUAUUGAAUCCAUUGUCGAACGAAAAGUCUCCGAGAUGCUCGCCAACCGCGCUCUGGGAACCAAUGCUGCACCGCAGCAGACUAUUUCUGCCGAGGUACAGAAGCGUCUGGACGAGAUUGAGAAGCGGCUCGAAGGACAGGAGGGCGAGCGAGCCGAGGGCCUUAGUUACCUCUUCAUGGCUAAACAGCACCAGGCCAGGGGCGAGGAUGUGAGCGCACUAAGAAUGUAUAACUUGGCCAAGCCUUAUUUCGAGGGCAAUGAGAAGCUGGACCGCAAGAUUGAGCGUCUGAAAGAGAAGAUUGAGGCGAAGCGGGAUCUCGAGCAGGAGCAGCCGACCAACAGAGGCAGGGACGUGGAUGCAGACGAAAGCUACGUCGAUGAGAACGGCAGCAACGAUGCUUAUGCAUCUGAUGCCUCGGACGCCUCUGGCCCCCGAGCGAGGCCGAGGGGACGUAAACAUGCCCCUCCCGCGCGCCGCCCGCCUCGACAGCACACCUCGUCCCCCGACCCUCUAGCGUCCGAUGCACCCCCAAUCACAGCGCAUGCCGCGCGUAGCGAUGUUGUACUCACGCCUCGUACGAAGCAUAUCCUCUCCAUCAUCAACAGCCGCGACGUCGCACAGAUCAAAAAGCUGCACGGGGUCGGGCCGCGGAAGGCCGAGGGCAUCGUCGACUACCUGGCCGAGCUGGACGAGGAGAUUAAGGACGGCGGCGGGUGGUACGAGGUGCGCGACUGGGAGUCCUUGAAGGGCCUCAGGGGCCUGGGUGCUCGGGGGCUGGGCGUCAUGCGCGAGGGCGUCGCGCUGUGA